ACAGUUUGGGGAGCGGUCAUCUGCCUUUACAUGAGGGGAAGUUUGGUCUCUAUCAACGCACAUCACGCCUGAGUCAGACAAGGGGGCACAAACGAGCUGCAGGAUAAAUUCACUUUAAUGCGAGGCAGGAAGGUGAGGGGAGGGGCGAGCAGAGGGGCUUUAUAAGCGCAAAACGGAGACCUCCACUCAGGACGCACCAACAAGCCCACUACUAAACCGACGCCACUUUGAUUUGAUGUGAAGUGUUUUGGCUGCUGCAUGCGUCCGCAUCACUCCCUGUUUUUUCUGCACUCUUUGAAAACCAUGGAGGCUCUGAAGUUGAUACUUGUGUUGUUGUUGGUCGUGUUCGUGCAGGUUUUCGGCGCACUGGGGACUUCACACUCAAGUGAAGAUGAAGACGAGGUGUGGACGGUGGACAAGUGGCAGGUAAAAACACAGAGCCUCGUGCAAACAGGUAGAGAGAGGUGGAUUUUAUUAUGUUUUAUUUGUUUUUGUUUUUCCAAUUGAAAAUGACAGCAUGACUUUGGAAGUUAAACUGAGCUUUUCAGCAAUUUCACGUGUUUUUUUAUAACAUUAUUCAAAACUGCGCAACAGUAGGGAUUGUUUCUUACUUCUUUAGGUGAAAUGAUUCUCUAUUCUUGACACCACCCGAUGACUAAAAGUGACAUAAACUGAGAUUUUAUUUAAAUCUUAAAGAGAGCUCACCAUAGGCUACAGACGCUCAAUAGGCUAGUGAACCGUUCUGAGCAUAAGGCUACCAGACUGUUUCUGUAAAAAUAAUCAACUAACAAAUAAACAAACAGUUUUAAAACGACUUAUCUCAAAAUGUGUGAGCAGUGUAUUGGCGACGGAUAAAAAAAAAUCGGCCGAUUCGGUAUUUUUUCUGACGAUGUCCAGAUCGAUUUCAGACAAACAUGUUUUUUUUAUUUUUAUUUUUUUUACCAAACCACAAUCCGUAUGAAAUAAAAAUUGAGUGGAUUUUUAUGACCAUUUGACUUUUACUCCUUAGAGCUAUCAAGUCUUCAGGCGAUCAAAUGAGCACCUGACAUCUCUUAACCCUUGAACAUUAUCGCUAAAAUGCUGAUUUUUACCCAAAAUAAUAUAUACAAGAAAAAUAAAAAAAAAAUAGGACAAUACAUGACAAAUUAAAGUAGCUUUCUUUUAACUGUACAGUUUCCAAAGGGAGGAAAAAAGUGCCAUGAGGGGACCGUAUAAAAAAUGCAACAAAAUAACUAAAAUUAGGUAUUUAUGAACAAAAAAAUACAUAUAGAAAGUGUAAACUUCGUUUCUUUUCCACCCAUUCCUGGGGCAUAUGAGUCUUCCCUGGUGAAGACUCAGGGUCCUUGGCACAAUAACAGCUGCAGGAGAGAGAACCAAAAUAUGGCAUAUUAAAGUAAAAAAUGACCAGCAGACUAAAAUAUUUCUCAUCACCAUAUGAAUUCCCUUGAAAAUCACUACUUUGUGAUAGUUAUUCAUAACCACUGCGCUAAAUAAAGAUAGCAUGUAAAUUCCAGGACUACUCUUACUGACCUUAUUUGCCUACAUAUGCAGCUAUCAAAUCCACCCAAACCUACUUUACCCUCUAUCACUGUUGCCGGGUGAAAAUCACCCGAACAUGUGCCUGUUGGAAAAAGCAGGUUUUGGAUCAGGGAAUCAAAUAUGCCUUCAAAGAUGUCUAAGGAAAUGCUGAAGCUACCCAGGGACCCAUGAUACUCAGAUAAAUGCAACAUAAUGAAAAUCAUGUAAACAUGUUUGGUCGGGUGAAAAUCACCCGGCAAUGGUGUUCUAGGGUUAAAUGCAGGGAAAAGUAGGUCACUGAUUUUCCUCAUAAAGAGUGAUUUUUGUACAGGGAGGGGGACAGUUAGGCUACAUUAGUGGUCAAUUUCUGGCAAUUAAUCGCAGCUCUUAGGGAGAAUUUUCACUAUACCUAUGGUCAAAGGCUUUUUUUUACCUAUGAACAAUGCCUGCAGGCUUUCUCAUAGGCUUCAGUUUAGACCUCCACCUAUCAGAGGGUGUGGCAAAAAAAAAAAAAAAAAACAUGAGAAAUAUUGAAGACUCAAGAGUGCUGGCUGCUGCUUCUUACUGGUCUGUUUAUCAAAAGAUGUCUCGCUUUGCCCCUUUUAUCUGGAUAUUAACAGUGUAAAGGAAAGUUUAGAGAGCCUUGACAAUUUUCACUCACUCUGUGAGGGAAAAAAUGGAGCAGUAACUGGUUUUCAAAGGUGAGAAAGGAGGUGGGCUGGAGGGUGGUUGGUAAUGUGCUUCUUGAAUACCAGGCAAAAUAAAGCCCUGGUAUAUUGCAGUACUCCUUUAUUUCACUACAUGUAAAGACAGUAUAAGAUUAUAAGCUUUGAAAGAGAGUUUUUGUGUUUUGAUAUCAAGAGUAGCACUGUCCUUAUCAGUCCACCAGAUGGCAGGGCGCGAAUGAUUUACAGGGGAAAUAAUUGCCAGUACUUUUCUUUGCCAAAUCAGUAUCAAUUGACUACUUCUCUUCUUCUUUGUGUGUGUUUGUGUGUGUGUGUGUAGGGCUACCCAGUAGAGAGAGAUCUACAUAUGCAUCUGGCAGACCUCAUGAAGCGGUCCAAAGCCGAGCAGUUCCACGGCCUGAUGGGUCGAAGCACAGGUAAAAAAUCAAAAGUGUAUUUGUUGGUUAUUCUAAAUUUAUGGUUUUAUAUUCAUUUCCCCCUCUAAUCCCUCAUUGUAGCACUAAAGACACCCAUAGCUCCCUAUUGUCCUUUUAUAUGACUAACACAUUGAAUGUUUUUAUUCCUCUUUUAUUUCAGGCAGAGCUCAACCUGUCAGACUGGGUAGGAAAAGUGAGUUUAAUGACACCACAGGAGGGUUAUGAAUGUUUCCCCAACAAUCAGAUUGAAGAUAAUUUGAUCACUUUCCACCCUUAUGGGAAUCUUUCUCUGUUUGUUUGUUUUCUCUAUCUCUGUUAAGCAGGAAAUAAAGGGGAUAUGUUUGUUGGACUCAUGGGCAAAAGGACUUUAGGUGAAGGUAAAACAGAUUGAUAACUUCAGCCUUUUAUUUUUUUUCAGCUUGUGUCAACUCCUGGGUCUUGAGUUUCAAUCUUUUGUCUUUUCAGAAACACAAGAGGGAUGGCAAUCUGACCCCAACUAUAGAGGAACACAAUGAAGCUGAAGAAAACUGUAAUAAUCAUAAUCUCAGAUUAUACUGUAAUAUAUUCUGUCCUUUGUUGUGGAUCAACAGAACACAGAGUCACACAAAGUCCUGUAAAGAACAAUGGUUGCACAAAUCCAGCUGCUUUAAAUCUCUGUCAUCGUCACUGUAGAAUUAUAACAUUUACUGUUAUUGGUAUACAGUAUGUUCAUUCUCUUUUUAAAACACGGCACAUGUCAGUCCUUUUGUCUCUUCAGUAAAUUAAAUGCAGUAAACCUGCUAACAUGACCUCAGUCUUUCUCCAUUGUGUACUGCCACUGCAAAUGAUUAAAAAAAGAUAUUUGGAUGCACUGUGUUGGCAUGGCAUAAGUGUACGGCUUUAAGGAUAUAUUUUUGCAAUUUGAUGGAAAAAUCACGCUUUGCUAAUACCAUGUUGAUGUUGUAAUGCUAUCACGUUGCAGCGACAUUAAUAAAAUCAUAUUUUGUUUCAUGUUCAUGAAA